AUGCAAGCGAGAUUGUAUGAUUUUGGUGAGACUGAGACUGAGGCUGAGGCUGAGGCUACAAUCGGCGGUGGGUUAAUGGGGACUAGAGAGGUAUACGAGCAGAAAUUAAGGACCGGAAAUCUCUACCACGAUCCUACUAUCAAACCUGGACUCGGUUCCCCUCGCUGUCCUCGCUGUCUUUCUCUCUUAAACCCUAAUUCUGCAAAGGGAGAAUGGACCAUUACUUCUGUUUUACAUGAUGCAACUGCUGUGGCUGGCUCGGGUAUUGGUGGAAUGCUUAGUGCAGUUCAUGGUUUCAAUACCGGGGUCCCAUUCCUUCAAAAUCGAUUGAAGGGACCAAAGUGGCUUCCUUUUCUAGUUGGGCUUCCUCCUCUGCUUGCGGUUUCCGGUGCCAGUGCUGCUUUUGGAGCAGUAAUGAAUUCAGCGAAGGCUUUGAAGGUAUAUUUAUCCGACCAUCCCACACGAAGAAAUGGGCUCUAUGGGGCUAUGGCGACGAUAUAUAUGUGGAAGAAGAAGCGUAUGAGGAGGUUGAAGAGGAAGCGCAGAAAGAUGAGACAGAGGUCCAAUUUUGCCGUUCGGUCAAGCACAAGUUGGCUGUUUGAGAUGUGCUCUCUUGCUGCAGGUCAAGCAAUUCACAUAAACACAAAUGAGACAAAAUCGGGUAUAGAAGCUUGCAAGAUUUUACAGGUCAGCCAGGAUCACACAGCAUACAGUGAAUAA